CUAGUAGCACCACCCUGGCAGAGUCCUGCAAAUUUCACGUUUUUCUCCCUCAUUUUCAUCGUUUAUGGCCAGAUUUUUCAUAUUAUCGUUGAAUACAUGCCUACUUCUUUGAUCAUACAAUACAAGGAUCCAGAUGGGUAACAAACAAACCAUAUUCAGCGACGAACAACUCGAGGCAUAUCAGGAUUGUACCUUCUUUACAAGAGAUGAAAUACUUCGAAUCUAUAGUAGAUUUCGUGAACUUGAGCCAACUUUGGUUCCAGAAGACAUGAGUGGAAAUGAGACAUCCACUGUUAAGAUGCCUUACAAUAAGUUGGAAGCAAUGCAGGAAUUAAAGGAGAAUCCAUUCCAUCGCCGAGUCUGUGAGGUGUUUUCGGAAGAUGGCUCUGGAGAUAUGACCUUCAAUGAUUUCCUAGACAUGUUCUCUGUCUUCUCUGAGGCUGCCCCAAGAGAUAUCAAGUCGACUUAUGCCUUCAAGAUAUAUGAUUUUGAUGGGGAUAAUCACAUUGGACGAGAAGACUUGGAACAUACAUUGAAUAGUCUCACAAAGAAUGAACUAACAGCUGAAGAGAUAGAAUUUGCUAUCGACAAGGUUCUGGAAGAAGCAGAUUUGGAUGAUGACGGCUCACUGUCUUACAUGGAGUUUGAACAUGUCAUAUCAAGGGCUCCAGACUUCCUCAGUACAUUCCACAUCAGAAUCUAAGCUUCUUCAUCAACUCUGUCUCAGUCAGAAAAGGUGAUUGACGUCACAUAGUUUACAUUGAUAGCUACAUAAAGGAAUAGGCAUUAUGCUUUUCUGAUAAAUAAGUUUGAAAAAUUCCCUCCACUGUUAACGUACAUGGAAGCCUUAGAAUGCAUUUUAUGUAGCAAGACAAUGUAAAUUUUGGUACAAUCAUGUUAGUUUUACUUGUUAGCUUGUAACUGUAUUACUGUUAGCUCUACUCAUAAACAAUACUCAUGUGCAAUGUUAGCAAUCUUAUACCAAUAGCAACCUGCUAUAGCAAUACUUUAUUAAUCGUUGUGAUUUCUAUUCUAUUAUUGUUCUACAAACAAAAUAUGUGUAAUUGAUCAGCUUGCUAAUCAAAGCUGAGUCCAAUGUGAUAGUGUGAUUGAAAAAUUUGUGCUGGACCAAGGCAGUUUCUUUCUUUGAGAUCAAUAUGAUGUAACAAUAUUCUCACUGUAUUGAAAAGUGUUGGAUGAAACUACAUGUAUAUUUAGAUUUUAAAGGAAGGCCUACCAAAUACACAAAUUUAAAAAGCAAGAAUAUACUUGAUAAAAACAAAACAAUUAUUUGUUAAAGGUUCCAGGUGGAGUUAUUUGCCAAUCCAGCUCAAAAUUAUAUUGUCAAGAUUUCCUGUAUCAAAGGUGGUUCUAGGAUGAAUCAGAAAUGGUACAUAAGCAUUCCACUAACUUAUUGUUUACAGUUGCAGAUGUGUACCCUUCAGGAACUACAACACUGCUAGCCUGGUAAAAUAAAUUUGAUUGCGAUGGGUUGCAAGAAUGAGAGAAAUAAUGCCGUAUUGUUUCCAAACUUACAUUUUACCGUCCAUUUGGCAUUUUAUUCAAUUUGUGUGGAGGAAAUAAUAUGAUGUCUUAGGCUCUAUGUAUGUAGGUAGCAUUUUGAUUGAUGAUUUAUCUAAUGUUAAGAUUAGGAAUGUUUUAGGAAUUCUGAUAUUUUCGAUUUACAAUAAGUGCGAGGUCCUGUAUUCUUUUAUUUUUGAUUGUUGUAAUUGCAUUUCUAUUGAUGCAUCUGCAUAUAUGAUCCGUCUUCAUUCAACAUUCUAUCUUUUCGUCUUGAUUGUUUUACAAUUCUUUUUAUUGAUGAAUAAAUUGUUGACU